UGAGAUGCCAGGUGUAGCCAGCCACUCUCCACCCCAUCCAACCGCCACCACCUCAUCUCGCUGCGCCAGUACCAUACAGAACAAUGACGGGCGAGGUGGCAGGGUUUACUCCGGAACAUGAAGUGCAAGGCUCAAAACGGUCCAGGAUACGUCGUAUCGUGGUGUGUGUGACGCUCAUCACGCUGGUGGGCCUGGCGGUGGUGGUGGGACUCGCAGUCACCUACGCCUCUGCUGACAGUUCAGGUCUGAUCGUGUAUCCAGAUACAUUCAUCGACCUGGAUCCUAACUAUAUGAUUGGUGACAAGUCUGCCAAGCAACAUUACAUCGACGUUUUGAAAGACUUCGAAGCAGCUUACACAGACGCCACCCCGUCAGCCCAAAACCUGGCUGACUGUAGCUUUAGCUACAAACUUCGAGAUGGCAUGGAGUGCAGGUAUGAAUUUAUGUGGCUGGGUAGUGCGUGCAAUCAGGCCAACAAUUUUGGCUACAUGGAUGACCAGCCCUGCAUAGUCCUCGCAUUCAAUGAGCCCCGGGAGUGGACGCCCAAGCCUUACACAUCCCCAGAGGAGCUGCCCAAGGAGAUGCCAGAGUCACUUCGUACGCACAUUGAAUCACUCUUCGCCAGCUCUCAUCCAACACAGUUCCUGUGGGUGUCCUGCACAGGGCAGUAUCCCGCCGAUAAGGAGUUCCUGGGUCCGGUGGAGCUCAGUCCGUGGCCGGGGUUCCCGCUUUACUACUUCCCAGUGAGGACCUCGUCUCGGGGCCCGAUCCUCGGCCUCACUCUCAAAGGACCCGAAUUCAGCACGCUGAUCAGCAUCGAGUGUCACUUCUGGGCCAAGAACCUCGAGACGCCGCACGUCGCCGCCCGCAUCGAAUUUCUCUGGUAAUGACAGCUUGCAAGGAAGGCUGGUGCAGCGCUGACGGUGGCUGUGGGACUAGCGCGGGGCUUGACCACGCAUGGGAUUGUCAGUACAUGUCAUUCCGUGCUACCACUGAGUGAUUGAUUGACGGACUGUAUUUGAAUGUCUUGUACAAAGUGAUAUGGCGCCUGCAUAUACCAUGAGGACACUGUUAAUUACCGUAUGUGUGUGUGUGUGUGUGUGUGUGUGUGUGUGUGUGUGUGUGUGUGUAAUAAUAAUAAUAAUAAUAAUAAUAAUAAACGGUUUAUUCUUUAGGCAGUCAACAAACUGAAAAUGUACAUUGGGGGUGGGGAAAUACUUGACAUUAAUCCUAAAGGUAAGUCAAAUCUAGAAGAGACUAUUGAUUGAUGGCUCACACCAUGGUGGGAAUCGCACUGAGUCUGUACCGGUCCGUACGUGGCGCCUUUAGGGGCGUUAUCUUAUUGUGGUGUCUGGUGGCACGGGUAGGGCGAGGCGCGUCAGGCGGCAGCAUGUUUCUGAGACGUGGAUGAUUCAGAAGUCCCCUUCCAAACUUCUCCAGAGCCUCACUGUACUUGGUGGAUAGUCUGGACAGCUUCAGGGUGUUCAGGGCUUCUUCAUAGGUGGUGUAUGCAGGGCCAAGGAUGACCCUGCACGCCCUUUUCUGCACACUCUCCAACUGUAGCUGUUGAGUUUGUGUGAGGGAGGAGGACCACGCUGGGGAGGCGUACAUGAGUUUGGGGAGGAUGAAAGUAAGAUACACCCCCCUUAACUCAUCUGUCGGCGUCCCCAGCGACCUGAGUCUGCGCAGCAUGUACAGCCUGUAGGUAGCUGAUCUUAUGGUGCUGGCGACAUGCUGCUUCCAGGUCAGCUGGUCGUCCACCGUGACUCCGAGGAGCUUGGCACAUCGGACCACCUGGAGGGGGUGAGGGCCCACUGAGAGCUGAGGAGGGGGCACUGGUACAGAGGAGGUACAGAAAUGCAUCACCACAGUUUUGUUGUGGUUGAUGGUCAUCCUGCUCUCCUCCGUCCACGUCUGCAGCCGCUCCAGGAUCGCUUGCAGUGGCAAGUAGUGUGUGUGUGUGUGUGUGUGUUCUUCAGUUACUGUGUCAUCUAAAACUACUCCAACUUGGAUACCAGUAUUACUGUCAGUAUCUUCUUGUGCCUUAGUGAACACUGAGGCGGUGAGGCAGCGACGCCUGUCCACACUGGCGGGUACUGCUCGCCGGCCAUUUCUCUCGCUUCAGCAGCGUUACCAGAUGGAACAAUUUCCAGCAAGCUUCACACUAUAGGACAGAGCUUGCUCAGCUUGGCUGGCUAUGCCUUUAUUGGACAAAGAAAGUCUGUUGGGCUUGCUAGUUGUGUUCACCACGGUGCCCGGUGGAUGGUUAGAUUGAGCAGUUCACGUCGUUCAGUAGCUAGCAGCAGACAUGGGCCCGCUAUUGGUCUGCCCGUCAAAGCUACCAUCAUAUUUUUGAUGCUUGAUUGAUAGCGAGGCCAGUUCCAUGUAUUGUCUGAGAAUGGUACCUAGAGGUUUGCUUCCCAGAACCACUGCUGCUAUGUAGAGAGGAAAGACAUCCUGCCAUCAAACCAGCAAGUAAAGACAUUCCGGUGAUUUGUGGUUUCUCCGCUCAUGGCGUCACCUCCCUCCAGCCUUGUGAAUUGUAAUGGGAUAUAGUAACAGUGCUUGUGUGUCGAGCAUUGCCUUGCCUGAUAGUAAAGGCAGGCUUUAAUCACGCCCGUAUUUCUCACAUGCCUAGUGCCUUAGUUUGCCUGUGCAGCCUGUCCCAUGCAGGCGGCCUCGUGCAGGCUGCGGGGCGCACACGGCGAUGCAGCAUUACUCUUUGCCUCGCCAUGUGUGGGUGUUUGUAUGGCGUCUGUCUCGUGCCAUAGAUAAGUGUGUGUGUGUGUGUGUGUGUGUGUGUGUGUGUGUGUGUGUGUGUGUGUGUGUGUGUGUGUGUGUGUGUAGUGACAGCCAGGAUGUCUGUAUAGGUGCCUGUGGGGAGGGCGCCUGUGAAGGAGCGGGACGGGAGGUGAUCUGUGUCAAGGAGCAGCGGACAUACCUAACCUUACGGAAGUGCUUGCCAUGUGACGUCAGCGAUCAUGGAGCGCCAAUCCUCUCUUCUUUCUGCCAUCGUAACCAGAUCCUCGAUGUUCCAUCCCAUGUUAAUACUUUCCAGCAAGGUCUCCAUAUAUUUCUUUGCCUUCCUCUUGCUCUUCUCCCAUCAAUCCUCCCCAGCAAACAAUCUCUUUCCAAUCCUCCAGCUCUCAGGAUGUCCCAAAAACUGCAACUGUCUUCUCCUAAUACUUCUUAUCAAGCCUCUCUCCACUCCUGCACGUCUUAGCACUUCCUCAUUUGUCACUCUUGCUGUCCAUGGAAUCCUUUGCAAUCUUCUCAGGAACCACAUCUCGGCAGCCUCCAAUUCCUUUUCCAUUUUCUUUUAAAUAGUCCAUGUUUCACAACCAUACAAUAACACUGACCACACGUAGCAUUUCAACAGUCUGAUUUUCAAUUUCAUAUUCAUACUCAAAUUUGUUAUCAAAGUUCUUAUAUUUAUAAAAGCAGUUUUUGCCAACCCGAUUCUCUUCUUUAUUUCCUUUUCACAAUCUGCCUCCUCUCACACAAUACUCCCCAAAUAUUUAAAUUCUCGAACCUGUUUAAUUUGCCUUUCACCAAUAUAUAUCCUUACACUGAGCCUUUGUUAUUCCCAAGACUUCCGUCUUCUUUAUGUUUAUCUUCAGACCUCUCUCCUCACUUGCUUCUUGUACUUCAUCCACAAGCCGUUGCAGCUUUUCCUCUGAGUCCGCCAAAAGAACUGUAUCAUCAGCAUACCGUGUAUUUGUCACGUUUCUUCCUCCAAUUCUCACUCCCUCCAACUCUAUUAAACUUUCCAUGCAUUUUUGUCCGUACAAGGAGAUGUCUGGGGAAAGUACACACCCCUGCCUCACUCCUCUCCUUAUAUUUACCCAUUCUGACUUCAUUUCUCCCACUUUCACAGCUGCUUUUUCAUUCCAGUACAAAUUUGCUAUCAACCUUAUGUCCUUACCAUCCACACCUGUUUCCUUAAUUAUUCUCACAAGUUCUUCAUGCCUUACUGUAUCAAAUGCUUUCUCAUAAUCGACAAAGCACAUGUAUACAUCCUUCUGCAUCUCCACUGCCCGCUCAAUAAUAUUUCUUAAGCAGAAAAUGGCAUUGCUGGUACCCAUCCCUUUCCUAAAACCAAACUGCUCUUUUGCUACAUUUUCCUCAACCUUUCUCUUCAAUCUAUUUCUCAAUACUCCAAUUAUCUUUCCCAUCUGACUUAUAAUACUAAUUGUUCUAUAUUUUUCACAUUCAGUAGUUCCCAUCUUCUUGGGGAUGUUUAUGAAUGUUGCCUAUUGCAUGGGUUUUGGCACAUACCCCUUCUCAUAUAUUUUGUUUGCUAACUCCGUUAUUUCAUCCACAACCAAAUCACUCGCUGCUCGUACUAUUUCUGUCACCAUUCCAUCUUCAUCUGUAGCGGACAUAACUGUCUUGUUUGGAAUUUACGAACUGAACUGUUCCAUUGUGAAGCACCAACCCAACUCUGUCACUACGGCAGAUAUAGCUUCCGUCAUACCAAGUAAAUAAUCUGGAGUGUGGAAGGAAAGGAUGCGAUGUUUGAUAGGGUGUAAGAGUUGUCAAGAAUUUAGAGUUACGAAGAAAAUACGAUAUCACGCCUCUGCCUCAGCCGCCCUUCAGAGAGAGCACAGGUGUUCUCAGUGCUCCCUACACACUCUCCUGACGCAGCCAAAGUGUUGAGCGCCGCGAGGAAGGGUGAGGGUCUUGCCUUCAGAUGUGUCACUCAGGACAGCUGGCUACUUUCCGCCUCACGAUGGAAUGCGAUCAGUUAGCGCUAAACACACUGCAUUCCUGUAUCCGAGUGUUGUUCAGCCUUGUAUGUUAGUGGUCACAUUAUGCUGUGUGUUAAGUCGUCCAUGAGGGAGAAACUGACUCUCAAAUAGAUGAAUGGAAUAGACUCAGUAAUCGGGUUGCUAGUGGAGAGUCAAUAAGGAGCUUUAAGAGAAGAUUGGAUAAAUUUGUGGUUGAGAAUGAUACGUGGUAAGAAGUAGGCAUGCUUUAUAGAGGGACUGCCACAUGUAGGCCUGAUGACUUCUUGCAGCUUCCCUUGUUUUCUUAUGUUCUCAUGUUCAAUAAACGAUGGGUGUUGUUGAUUUUCUCUGGGUCACACCUCAUCUAAACUAAUGUUACGCCAUAUUAUAGUGUUUGUGUAAGUCAUCAAUAAACCAUGACGUGA